UAUGUGUGUCCAUAGAAGAGUCAGCCAUUGCUGGUCUGAUCCCUUAUAUCCUUCUGUCCUUUAUCCUGGCAUUUUGCUCUGCCACGGUCAACUACAUCAUGCCUUUUGUUUUUGGAGCCAUCACGGCCACUUUGAUCUUUGAAGCAGCAGCUCUGGUGACAGGCCCUUGGGCUCUGGUGGUCUCUGGGGUUCUGGAGCUGCUCAUUUUGAUCUUUGCCAUCUAUGGUUCAGCUGCUCUACUCAUCAAAAGGGCUGACUCAACGUCUAGUUCUUAAAGGCUUUGGGACCCCCCUCUUUAAUGUUCUCCUGCUAGGAACCACCAACUCAACAGGUGCUCAGAAACCUGGUCAAGAGAAGAAGAAGAACACAAAAUAUGCAGAGCCCAUGGCCUUGGGUUUCUUCUGUGACUCUAUUGCUCCCUUCAUCGUUGCCUUCUACAGCUUUGGGUACAUGAAAUCGUUUGGUUUAGGAGUUGCAUGGGUAUCAAUCAUCUCAGUUGCCCAGCUGUUCUCCAGCUACUACGCUCAUUUGCGCCAGGAUAGCUACCACACUACAAAAUUUGGGAUUCAUGCCAUGUAUUGGCUGAUCAAGGCUUGGGAUGAGUUUGUGGCAUCUGCCCUGAUUGUGGAGCACGGUCAAGUUGUUGCUGGUAGGGAAGCCAUGGUGGGAGACUGGUUCUUUGUGGUGGCCGGCUUGGUGCUCUGUGUGGGAAGCCUGAACAUGGACACUCUGGAGCUGAUCCACAACUUGCUCUUUGUUCUGCUCACAGUCUCAACAAUCCCCCAGAUCCCCCUGCAGGGUUACUACAUCUUCUUUGGUGUAGCCUGCUCUCUCUUCACUGCAGUCUCAGUCUACGGUACCUUCUCACGCCUCAUAAACACCAUCGCAGAGAAGUCUCUAAUCCCUGUGGGACCACAGCCGGUCUCCUCCGAGCAGCUGAAGAGAGCUCUGAUGUGUAGAAGAUCUCAACAGGGAGAACAAAAAGAGCUGCCCAACAGUGAUCAGGCCUCAGAUGCUCUGUUUUAUCUCACCAACGGGGUUGCAGCACUUUCAGCUCUUCAUUCAGAAGUGUCAAGUGGGAACGCUUCAUUCCUUCAUCUGACUGUCCCCUGGGUCCUCAUCUCUGGAGGCAUCAUUCAGACCUAUGUCAGCAGGCUACAAGUCACCGGAGAGGGCCGGUUUGGAUCAGUCAUCUCAUCCAUCUACGUGGUUGUAUGGGCAACUUGGACGUGGUUUCGAUUUGCAGGUUUUCAGCUUCAGCUCCCCGUCCUGGCAGCCUAUGGAUUCACAGCUGGAGGCGUUGCUUUACUGGUCAUUAAUGCCUUCCUCAUGCUGAUUGGUAAGGUCUAGUAUCUGCUUUCAGCGCUGGAAUUCACAGUUUUUAUUCAUUCAUAAUUUUGUCCUUUUGUUUCUUCUAUUAGCUGCUUAUAGGAACGUGGUUCUGUUGUUUCUAACAACAAUCAUGGAGGUUGUUCUUGUCUGCUUCCUUCUCUCCACCCUGCACAGACUUCCAUACCAACUUGAAAGUGAGUUAAAACCGCCUGUUAUAAACUUUAUGUAUUUACGAUACUGACUCUCAUCAGAACAAAUAAAGUUUAACAUCCAGAAAUGAUGUAUUGCAGUUGCCAUGCUUGCAUUGGUAUCCAUCAUUUGCUUUUAUGGCACCUUGGCUUCACUGAUGAACUGCAUCUUCUCACAAAGAGUGAUCCCAAUGGGUCCUCCCAUAAUAAAGGUAAUGACUGAAGUUUAGAUUGGCCUACCUUUAAGAAUCAGCAUGAAUAAUUAAUAAAAAUGUGUGUGUGUGUUUUAGGAAAAAGUGAAACAGGAAGCUUGUGACAAGCCGUCCUGUCCCAUGGCUAGCUCGCGUCUCACCAGCGGUCUGUUGAAGAUAGCUGGACUUCUCGAGGACGGGGGUGUGUGUGGUAUUCCCACAGAUACUGUGUACGCUCUGGCUGCUUCCUGCAAGAAUCCUCAGGCGAUAGAAAAAAUCUACAACAUUAAAGUAAGAAGAUAGAGGAGGCUUUUUUAACAGCAAUAUAC